AUGGUACUCUCUUUCUCUUCUCUUACUUCGCUAUCUUUAGCCCCCGAAUAUACGAAAUACCUAAUCUUCCUAUCUAUCCAACAACCACCCACCACUCUAUCUCUGCAUACCGUCAACACCCGAAAUCCAAACCUCGAAAAUUCCAUCUCCGCCAUUUCCACCACACAAACACUACCAUUACACCCAUACUAUACUCAAAUCACACAGUACCCCAUAUUCCCCAGAAUCCACUGCGCCCCUACGCAAAACUACUCUCUUAUCUAUCGCUCCCAUCCCCAUCUAUCUGCACCCGCUGCACGGCUGCACCUCUACGCCUCUGCACCACCACCUACCUCCAAGAAACUUGCGCCAGUCUCACUGCAGAAACACGAUAAGCCUUCCCCGGAUACCCCAUUCGCCUUCUGCCUCGAGCUAUCCUGUUCAGGGCUAGUAGAGCGCUUCUAG